AUGGGGGUGCGCGGCCUGCUGAGCUAUGUACUGCGGCAUGCCGAUGCGAUGACCCAGCGGGUGGAUCUUGCCCAGGAGGCCCAGUACUACGGUCGUAACGGUGUGACGUUGCUGGUGGACAUCCUGGACUUUUGUGCUCGGUUUCUUCCGGAGGUGGAUCGUUGCGCUAAGGGCUGGGAGGGAGAUGCCACGCUCCAGGUCUGUGGGAGCGACUUCGUCCAACAUGACGAGGCGCUUUGCGAGCUUAUCUUCGCCUUGCGGCAUGCAGGCAUUUACCUGGAGUUCUUCUUGGAUCCUCCCCGCGGCUGCGGGCUCCUCGAUGCGGCCACCAGUGCCUGGACAGAGGAGGCACUUCUGAAAAUUCAGGGACAGUGUCGAAGCAGACUGCUGUGGGGCGUUUUCGAAUUGAUGGCUUUUCACUGCAACACCGGCCUCUUGCCAGCCAUGGGUAGGACAAGUAAUUCGACGAUUCCACGUGCCAGGCUGGCCAGGAAGAAGGGCGAUCCUGUCACAUCGGGUCCGAUCAUCGAGGUCCGAGCGCCAACAGCUUGCGCCAGAAGGCUUCUCCUGCAAAACUUCGUGGUGUGGUCGCAGAUUGGUGAUUCGAAAUGGGAGAUCCUGGUGUAUCCUUCCGGCGCAGAUCUCAAUCGACGUUUGCCCCAGAGGAGUGGCAGCAUGGUGCAGCGAGAUCUGAUGAGGAAACGAGCGGUGCAAGGAUGGCUGGAUCCGAGUAUCAGUUCGAUGCACAGAGGGCGAGCCGGAGACCAAGAGAUGCAGGAAGUGCGAGCUCUGUACUCGGUGUCCGUGGUCAAUGCCGCAGGUGAAGUGAAGCACCGGCUGGAGGAAGAAGCCACGUUCACCAGCGGUGACGGCUGGGGCUUUGACAACUUCAUCCGCCAAGAGCGCCUGACGGAUCGAACGAAAGGGUUCGCAGACGAUGUCGUCAUCUUCGAAGCCACCGUCACGGUUCUUGGCCGGGAGGAAAUCAGACGCCAACCGAUCACUGGAAGCGAGUCCAAGAUGAUUCACUCCGAAGAGUUGGCAUCUGACCUGAAGGCAUUGUGGGAAUCUGGCCAACAUGCUGACCUGACCCUGCAAGUCGGCGAGACACAGCUACAGGUCCACGGCCUGAUCUUGGCAGCAAGGUCUGCGGUCUUCUCGCGCAUGCUGGCCUCUGAAAUGUCGGAGGCGAAGUCGAGGGUCAUCAGGAUCGUCGACGCGGAUGCCGAGACAAUGCGAUGCCUUUGUGAAUACAUGUACACAGGUACGGUGCGGAACAACCGCCCAUUUGAGAAUGCGGACUUGGCUGGAUCUUUAUUGCAGGCGGCAGCGAAGUACGAGGUUCACGGGCUGGUGCGGUGGUGUUCCGCCAAGAUAGCCGCAACUCUGGGCGUCGACACGGCAGCGGAGUGGCUGGUUCUCGCAUCGCAGAUUGGACCGCAGGCCGAUGCAUUGAAGACCAAGUGCGUUCACCUGGCGGCCAGCAACCUGUCAGAGGUUCAGGCAUCCCGGAGCUGCACAGUGAAGCGAUUUCUGGUCCGAAAGCCAGGCUCAUCAGUCCGCAGUGCUGUGCAGGCGGUGGGUACCCUGAAAGUGCAGGCCAUCAGCCCUCCACCUGGAAAGAAGAGGCGAAAAGCUGAGCUAGUCGAAUCGGCAAAAGCCGCAAGGUACGUGAAAGAUACUCGCUUGGAAGUUGUGUUGUGCACGGGCAAAUUCACGGAGGUGACAUACUCCUCCAAGGCAGUUAAUCUUCGAUAUUUCGAGACAGCUGUACCAGCGAGCAAUGCGAGGUGUCUUGCACCACUAUUCUACGAGCAGGUCGUUGCUACACUGACGCGGUGUGGCUGUCAGGUGUGGCACUUGAACGCAGACGAGCAAUCCCCCUUGCUUCAGACGAGGCGCGGCUCAGAGUGGUCGCAUGUUUGGGGCAUAGUAUCAGACAACAUCGACUGGGCAGUUUGCCAGGGAGUCAAGCUCAUUCCUCUCCAGUUCUUCGACUUGGACGGCAUCGUCAAGCUGAAAUCUAUGGAGGGAGCCGGAAUGGGCUGGCCUGAAGUUGACAGCUUCAGCGUUGCCUACACGUCAUCUGACGUGAUCGCCGAGUAUCUCAGGCUCGGUCAUCCCCCGAAAGAGGAGGACUUGAAGGAGUAUGAGAGAAAGGGCAAGUCCAAGGGCAGCUUCGGCCGCCGCGGCUGGCCAAUGAAGUGGUGGUACGACUCGGUCCUGAUGGAGCUCGCGCUUCUUUUCGGCACAGAUGCAACGACGCCGUUCAUCCAGGAGCGGACAACAAUCCUGGCACCGGGCAGUGCACCAGACUGA